AUGCUGGCCAGAGGAAGAGCGGGAAAGAUAAGGGCGCCUCGACGUGGUCUGAACCAAGGCGAUGUCGACUUCGAAUCUACUUGGAACACCAUCGCCACGGCCUUUACGCAAAUCUUUGGCAAAAGUGCUUCCGGUCUUUCCUUCGAAGAAUUAUUUCGGCAGUGCUACAAGCUUGUUUUAAAGAAGAAGGCAGAUCUGUUAUAUGACCGGGUGAUCAAGUUGGAGCAAGUCUGGCUGCGGGAGAACAUUCGGACCAAGAUUCUAUCGCUAGUCAACCCCUCGAUCACCGUGGGCCUUGUCGAUCAGACGACAGUGGGGGAUUCCAAUGAGCGUAGAAUCGCAGGCGAGCGUUUUGCUCGAGCCCUUAAGGACGCCUUCAACCACCAUACGCUGUCAAUGGGCAUGAUCACCGACGUUAUGAUGUACAUGGACAAGUAUCUGAGUCACGAUGGAGGUAAACCAUCGAUAUAUGCUGCAAGCAUGUCUACCUUCCGACUUGAAAUACUCAAAGCUCCCUUCAGCGAAGAUGCCACGUUGGACACUCUGUCUCUUCUCGAAACCGUUUUGCUCGACAUGAUAAGAAUGGAACGAAAAGGCGAAGUCAUCGACCGCUCUUUAGUCCGACAGUGUUGUUACAUGUUGGAAGGCCUGUACGAGUCUUUCACUGAAGAGGAAACCACAAAGCUAUACCUUACUUCUUUUGAACCCAAGUUCCUCGAGGCCAGUCGUCAGUUUUACAAGUCGGAAGGUCAGGCACUUCUUGCGGAGGCAGAUGCGAGCACCUUCUGCACACACGCUAGAAGGAGGUUGUCGGAAGAAGAGGAGAGGUGCAAACAGACCAUCUCGCAAACUACCGAGCAGAAGAUUAAGUCUGUGGUGGAGCAAGAGCUAAUCCAGGCGCACAUGCGAGAAGUCAUCAACAUGGAAGGCACUGGUGUCAAGAAUAUGUUGGACAACGACAAGAUCCAAGAUUUAGCCAACGUUUAUGAUCUUAUUGCUCGAGUUGACCAGAGAAAAGGUGCAUUGCGGGAUGCUCUUCAGAAGCGAGUUAUUGAACAAGGCUCGGAUAUUAAUAAGGCAGCCAAUGUCAUAAGCGAAGCACAGCCCGCCGCGAAGCCGCCUCAGCGACCUGCCGACGGCAAAGCCCCAGCCGAAAAGUCCUUGAGCCAACAAACCCAAGCCGCAAUCAAUUGGGUUGAGCAAGUUUUGGAGCUGAGAAACAAAUACGAUAGGUUCUGGGUUGAGGCAUUCAGAAAGGACGUCGUGAUGGAGAAGGCUCUAGAGGUAUCAUUUCAAGAUUUUAUCAACGCUAACGAUCAAAGUCCGGAGCACUUGUCACUCUUCUUGGAUGAAUACCUCAAGCGUGGCGGAAAGGACAAGACGGAUGCCGAAGUCGACGCCAUUCUCGAUAAUGGCAUAUUACUACUUCAGUACCUCGCCAACAAAGACAUCUUCGAGAGAUACUACAAGAGACACAUGGCCAAGCGAUUAUUGAUGAAGAAGUCCGUCAGCCGAGAGAUGGAGCGACUGAUGCUUUCCAAGAUGAAGAUGAAGAUUGGCAACCAAUUCACGCAGAAGUUGGAAGCACUCAUCCGGGAUACAGAAUUGUCCGACAACCUCAGUGCGCAGUACAAGACUUACGUCAAUUCACUUGGAGACCCAGACCCCAAGCGGGUGGAGCUGGAUUGUAGAGUAUUGACUUCAACGACAUGGCCCUUUGAAACCAUCAGGAAAGAUGACGAUGACGACUCAAGGAAACGACCUACGAUCAAAUGGCCAUCAACUGUAGAUCAAGUCCGACAACGUUUCGAGCAAUUCUACCUAGACAAGCAUACCGGACGGCGACUGGAAUGGGUGCCGAACCUUGGAGAUGCGGAUAUACGAGCAACCUUUACUAACAACGGCAAAACUAGACGAUAUGAGCUGAAUGUAUCAACGUACGCAAUGGUCAUCUUGAUGCUAUUCAACGACUUGCCCUCUGGAGAAUGCCUUACCUGUGAGCAAAUUCAAGCCGAAACAAACAUUCCUCAAGCCGACCUAGUCCGAAAUUUGCAGUCACUGUCUUUGGUGGCCAAAUGGAGAGUGCUCAAGAAGGACCCGCCACAUAAAGAGGUUAAACCGAGUGACAAAUUCUCUUUUAACGAGGGCUUCUCGAGCCAAUACCUUAAAAUAAAGGUCAGUGUGGUGUCUGGCGGAGGUAACCGGGUUGAGAACAGUGAGGAACGUCGAGCCACCCAGAAGAAAACCGACGAAGAACGAGGGCACGUCAUCGACGCGGCAAUUGUUCGGAUCAUGAAGUCGAGAAAGAAUCUCUCCCACUCACAAUUGAUGACGGAGACACUGGCACAACUAUCGGCACGAUUUAAACCGGACGUGAACAUGAUCAAGAAGAGGAUUGAGUCGCUGAUGGACCGAGAAUUUUUGGAACGUGGGCCCGACCCAACCCAACCUUCAUACGUCUACAUGGCUUGA